CAAGGAGUUUGAAAGACACUGUACUGCAGAAGGUCUGAGUUGAUUACUAAAUUUUCAUACGCCCGAUGUUUGCAAUUGUCGCCCAAUCAAACUAGUGGGGAGGUGGAAGCCAGGUCGAGCAGGUGAUUUGACGAAAGUUCCUCUUGCAAGAUCCCAAAGAAAAUAAGGACAAAGCUAUAUAAUACAGUUCACCGAUCCUAUGCUCGCUCGAAAUCACCAUUAUUUGUCUGUUUAACUCUCUGCCCGAAUCACGGAUUUCGAUAAUCAGGCGGUGAAAGACUCCUCACACUUGAUUCGGACCUUUUCGUUGAAAUUCCCAAUACCUCCAACAAUUCCACCCACAAUGGCUAUUUCCCAAAGGUUACUAGCGGUCCUAAAGCAGGCAGAGUUCGAGGAGCGAGCAAAAGGCGGCGUGGUCGUAAGGAUACACUCCCGGCAUGUCAGCGCCCAUGAAUUGAAGGAAACGCUAAAGACAAUGUUUCCACACUCAAACUACACCAUCCAGCUCAGGAGAGACCGAUAUUCGAUAACGUUUCCAGAGCAUCGAAAGUGUGACCUGGAUCAGGUGUUGUUCGGCUCCAAACCAUCCGGCCAACAACCCAAGCUACCUAUAACCGCUCCUACUUCUACUCCUCUGUUGGCAAUCGAGUCAAAGCCCGUUAUAGAGUUCAGGACAACUCUUCGAUCAUCAAACACAGGUGCUGGUCCGAUAAUCGGGCCACAAGAGACUCUUAAGGCCAUUCCUCAUGGGCCUAAAAGCACGCAACGGGAAGGAAUUCUGAUUCGCACCAGGUGUCUUUUGCUGGAUAUAGCAAAAUGUGCUAGGAAUGCAGUAAUGAAUGUUGUCCGUCCAUGACUGGCAAUGGUGAUUGCUCAGACAUGGUUGUUCAGGAAAGUGGAAGAAAGGAAAGAAGGGGUAGAGGGAACAGUG